ACCGGCAAGCACUGCCUGUAAUUUAUUUGGGAAAAAUUAAAAAAAUCGCUAUUUACUCUGUAUUUACUUUAUAAAUACAUUUAUGUUUUAAUAACGAAAGCUGAUGUAAGAAUUUUUAUUAUGCUGUCAUAUUACUACAGUUAAUUGCAUUAAAAAAAAAAGACACAUUUGCAACACCAUGCUUUUGUGUUGGUUAAAAAUGUAAAGUGCAUGCGGUGGUUUGAAAUUUUAGCAGCAAAGCAGCCUUAACUCGGUGAGAUGGCAGGACCAGACGUAGCGGGGCUUGCGGCGGACUUGGCUCGGGCCGUAGAACUCACGAUGAGUGCAAGUGCGUCGCAAGCUGAUCGUUUAAAAGCUUACAAUGCCUGCGAGAGCUUUAAGGAGACUUCACCGCUCUGCGCAGAGGCGGGCUUGUUUUUGGCGGCCGACACGAGACACUCACUCGUCGUUAGACACUUCGGCUUGCAGCUUAUGGAACACACCGUGAAGUACCGCUGGAACCACAUCUCGCAGCAGGAGAAGCUUUUUAUAAAGGAGAACGCAAUGAAGCUACUGGCAGCUGGCGGUAUAAGCGACGAACCGCACAUGAAAGACGCACUAAGCCGCGUCGUCGUGGAAAUGGUUAAAAGGGAAUGGCCCCAACAGUGGCCCGGACUGUUGGCCGAACUGUCUGAUGCGUGUGCCUGUGGAGAGACUCAGACUGAACUUGUACUGUUAGUGUUCCUUCGUCUCGUGGAAGACGUCGCUCUUUUACAGACGCUCGAAUCGAAUCAACGACGAAAAGACAUUUAUCAAGCAUUAACAACAAACAUGGCCGUAAUUUUCGAAUUUUUCUUAAGACUUAUCGAACUCCACGUUAAUCAAUUUAGAUUAUGCAGCGAAUCGGGCAAUGGAAUUAAGGCGAACUCGCACUGUAGAGUUGUACAAAUUGUUCUCUUAACUCUUACAGGUUUUGUCGAAUGGGUUUCUAUGUCGCACAUUAUGGCACACGACGGUCGCCUGUUGCAAAUUUUGUGCUUGUUGCUUAAUGAUAUGGCAUUCCAGUGUCCUGCAGCCGAGUGUUUAUUACAGAUCGUGAACCGGAAGGGUAAGACUGAGGAACGCAAGCCUUUAUUAAUUCUGUUCAACGAUCAAGCAUCACAGUGCUUAUUAGGCGCGGCAAAAUCGCAAAACUUAAAUGUAGACGAACAAAAUUAUUUAUUUAAGAAGAAAUUAAUACAAGUUUUAUCCGGCUUGGGCACGCAACUCUGUGCGCUGUGGGGCAAAGAUGGAACGAGUAGACCGCAAAAUUUUUCCAUUUUCCUGGACGCCAUCCUCGCAUUUUCUAGUCAUCCCAGUUUAACCUUAGCGCAUUUGGCGAAUCCCGUCUGGAACACUAUGUUAAAGCACGAUCACAUCUCCAGAGAUCCCAUCUUCCUCUCGUAUAUACCUCAGUGGGUGCAGUGUACCGCGCCGAAAAUUAUUAAGGUCAACUAUCCCGUCGGCAAAUCUCCUUCUAAUAUAACGGAACCAGUAACUUAUUGUAAAUUAGAUUUCGAUUGUGAUGAAGAAUACUCGCAGUUCUUCCAUAGGUGUCGUUCGGAUUUUCUCGAUACGUUUAGACAAGCGACAGUCGUAGCACCAUUAGUCACAUUCGGAUACGUGGAGCAGUGGCUUGUGAAAUGUCUCCAAGUUCCAAAUUUAAUAUUUGGACUGAACAUAUCGGAUCCGAUGCAUCUCGAGUGGGACGCGUUGGCCACAUGUCUCGAAAGUAUACUCAGUCGCUUGCUGCAAGCGUACGAAAGACCGUCCAUCUCGUCCGGUCUUCGACUAUUGCAACUUUGUCUGGCGUACGAUCCCGUCGAUCCGCUGAUCCUGUCGACGCUGCUCACCUGCAUAUCCGCGCUCUUUGUGUUUCUCAGCAUGUCGUCCGGUCAAAUGGCGCCGACCGUCAAUUCGGUCGCGGUAUCUGGCGCGGUACUCUUACCUCAGGUGUUGGAUAAAAUCUUUUCCGCGUUAGUCUACUCGCCGAAAGGUCAAACUAAGGAUACGAGAACUAGGGCGGUUAAGAACGUGCGUCGACACGCCGCGUCGCUAAUGGUGAAAAUCGGCAAUAAAUACCCGCUAUUGCUGUUGCCAGUCUUCGACCAGAUCCGCGCGACCAUUUCGACUUUAUCGGCGGCGAAUGCGCACGCGCAGCUCAGCGUGUUAGAGAGAGUCACCCUGCAAGAGGCUAUGCUCUUGAUCUCGAAUCAUUUUUGCGAUUACGACCGACAGAGUACGUUUGUUGGCGAAGUCAUGCAGGACGCGAACGCGCAAUGGAUGACGCUAGCGGCGGCGGGCGUUUUCAAAGGAGCCGGCGAAUUUAUGAGUUUUGUCGGUCUCGAUAAACCGCCGUGCCAAAUUCCGAAUCAGGAUCCGUGCGGACCCAAUCGUAGCAAUCUCGUAUUUUGUGUAAAUUUAUUGCUGGGCGCCAUCAAACGGUGCGCCUGGCCCGAAGAUCCCGAAAGGGCGACGCGAGGAGGUUUCGUUGUUACGUAUACGGAAUCAGGAAAUCCGGUAUGUCGAAAUCCGGCCGCCCCGCAUGCCGUUCCCCUACUGCCACAUGUUUUGGCACUGAUUCGAAUCUUUAACGAGCUGUUCCUACCCGCCGCUCAAUCUAUUUUAAAUGAGAACUUUAGAGGCUGUUUGGCAAUGUUAGAAGUUGAACGGGCGAAUUUACUGGGACUGGUGGGCCAUCAUCCGACGGCAGAAGCUAGCGACACCCAAGCUACUAAUCAGAGCCCUUUCGAACGUAUGCAAAGGUUUCUCACUGGAUUGCACGAGAGUUGCUACCACAUGAUGGGCUCCGUGGGACCAUCCUUGGGUCGGGACCUGUACACGUUACCCGACCUUGGACCCGCCAUUGUGACCAGCAUUUUGUCAUCUUUACACACCUUACCCGAUUAUAGGUUGCGACCGAUUAUCCGAGUUUUCCUAAAGCCAUUCGUCUAUUCUUGCCCGCCUACAUUUUACGAAGCUGUACUGCUACCAAUUGUAACUCAUAUCGCUCCAAUAAUGGUGGAGCGCCUGCAUACUAAAUGGCAGUUAGUGAAUGAGUUACGAGGCCGUGAAGCCGCCGAGGACAACGCUGACACUCAAGAAGUACUCGAAGACAUAUUGACAAGGGCAUUAACGAGAGAAUAUUUAGACUUUUUAAAGGUUGCCUUAGUUGGCGGCAACUUAAUUCCCGACACAAUGGAAACCGACGAACUGAGCAUGGACGCGCCGCCCCCGUCGACUAGAACCAAUUUGACUGCGGAAGUGAUUUCCGAUUUAGGUACUUUGCUCUUACGGUCCGAGAAGACCUGCCAAUCAUUGGUACUGGCAGUUCUGGGCGCUCUCUCAUGGAUUGACAGUACUGCAUCGCUCAAAGGCACUCAGCUGACCGGGCCGAUUGUAAGACUGUUAGUUACCGAUCACACUUUAAACGGCGCGAUGGCCGCGCACGUAAUGGCCGCUAUUUUACACGGCCUCGCAUUCCACGGUCAGCACGAGGCCAAUCAGGGCAGUCUGCUAACUUUAGGCGCGCAGAUGUACGAAUUACUGCGACCGUCGUAUCCCGAAGUGUUGGUCGUCAUGCAGCAGAUUCCAGGAGUGAAUCCGGUCGACUUGCAAAAGUUAGACGAGCGCAUUUCCGGCUCGACCAGCAAAGGUAACAAGGUUGAAAAGGUAAAGAAGGACUUAUUUAAGAAAAUUACUGGGACGUUAAUUGGACGCAGUGUUGGACAAUUGUUUAAGAAGGAGGUGAAAAUUGCAGACUUGCCACGUUUGGAAUUGCGAAAGAAAGGCGAACAAAAAGACAUUAUGCCAGAUUUGCGGAAUAUUUUUAGUGUGUGAUUUCACUUCUAAAUAAGUGUCAUCUAAUUUUGUUAUUUUGUAUUUGUACAUUCCUUAUAAUUAUACAAAACAAAAU